AUGAUCGCAAAGCCGGCGCUGGGACUGAGAUCCUCAUCUGCUCCUUUCGGGGGAGUGGGGGAAGGGAGUGUAGCGCCCUCCGCCCUCAUCCCCGACAUCCUGUUCCCUGCCGCUCCCGGACCCCAGGGCUCCAGCUUCGGGUGGUCUCGGGUGCCCCCUAGUGGGUUCCCGGCGUCCGGCGUCAAGGGCGCAGGCAGACGGCUUUGGAGUCCCACCGAAUCAGAGAAUAACGUGCAUAGGAAGGAUGUGUCUGGCGAGAACAGGGUCGAACGGGCCUCCUGCCUGCACCUCACGGAAGAGGCACUUGAAUGCAUCCAGGGGCUGGAGAUCGCUCCCCGUAAGAGUGCAGGACAAAAACAGAUGGGCUGCCCCGUCCGUGGGACGCUGAAGGCUCCGCCAGGCUCCCUGCGGCUGCUCGCCUACAGCCUGCACUGUGGACCCAGCUGGCGAAACCUCGCACCCUUAAAGCAAGGCAUUGUCCUCAAGCCCUGCAAGGCGAGUCCUGUCACCUUCCAGCUUACAGAUGACAAACCUGAGGUCCCUCGCGGGUUCACGGUGGGCAGUGAGCUCAGGACUUUAACCCGGCUCUGGUCCCUCGGCUGCCGAGUGAGAAGAACCAAACACAUACCCGGGUCCCCAAGACACAAAGGCUUAAAGAAGACCCACUUCAUCAAGAACAUGCGGCAGUACGACACUAAGAGCAGCAGGAUUGUGCUGAUCUGUGCCAAGCGGUCCCUGUGUGCAGCCUUUUCAGUCCUGCCCUACGGAGAAGGCCUGCGAGUCAGUGACCUGAGAGUGGACAGUCAGAAGCAGCGGCACCCGUCCGGCGGCGUCUCCGUGGCUUCUGAGAUGGUCUUUGAGUUAGAAGGCGUUGAGCUGGGUGCAGACGGAAAGGUCGUGUCUUACGCCAAGUUCCUAUACCCCACCAAUGCUCUGGUCACACCCAAGAGUGAUGGCCAUGGCCCGGUGGCCCAGCCUCGGUCCAGCAUCCCCCGGGCUCUGCCAGGGUCGAGAUACAAGCCCGGCCCGACCAAGUCAACUCCAGCGGGCACAGAGCUAGCUACCAUGUCCCCCAUCCAUGGCCACGGUACCUGGGCUUCCCUGCGCCUCUCUAAGCUAGAGGAACGGUUUCGGUUCAACCGGCGGGACCUGAUCGGCUUUGAGUUCACCGUGCUGGUGGCUCUGGAGCUCGCCCUGUACCUGCCCGACAGCCAAGUGUUACCUCAUUACAGACGCCUCACGCAGCAGUUCUAG